AAAAAAGUUUAUAAAAACAAACAAAAAUCACAAUUUUCAUUCCGCAAGUCCACAAACAUGGAAGAAGGACUGUCAACACUUCAAAUCGAAGCAAAGCUCGAGCGUGAGCGAACCAACAUUGCAAUGCUCGAGCAGAACCUUAACAAAUACAACGAUUUGACAAAUCAAGCAAGCAAAAUCCUCAAAACAUUUGAAAGUCGACUCUUAAAAGUUGAGGAGAAUGUCCUUCCGCUUUAUAAAGUCACCAAGUCACUCGAAUGUCAACAGAAGAAUCUCGAUCUUGUUGUUAAGAAGCUAGACAGUGUUCUUGAGCAUUACAGCUGCAGUCAGGAGCUUGCCAACUUUAUCAACAUGGGAAUUGAUUCUGAAAAUGUUGAAUACUUCUUGGAAGCGCUGAAUAAGUUGAAGAGAGCUAAGGAAUAUUUUAUAUCAACGAAUCAAGGAAGUGUUGAGCUACAGAAUGUGACGCUGCUGUUUAAUAAUGGAUGUGAUGCAAUGAAUACAUACUUCAAACAAUCCAUCCGUCGUCACAGCACCCCAAUCAAACCAGUCGACCUCAUCGACUUAAUCUACAUGGAGGAUGACACAUCAACAUCCACAAAUGAAGAGUUCUCAGGCUCAUCAUCAAUUCGUCAAUUCCCACAAGACACAAGAAAGGAACUCCGAACAAUUGCUGAGUGGCUUGAUGAGAAUCUACGCAGAGAAUAUAUGGUGAUUUACAGUGAUGAGAGGUCAGACAUAAUUUACAGGUCCUUAAUAAUGCUGAAGGAUCAUCAAAAGUCAUCAAGUCUUGGCAAUGAUUCAGGAAUGAAGAUUAAGACAUUCGGAAGGCUGUCAGACAGCGGCAAGAAGAAGCUACAAAGUAUUUUUGAGAGAAAGGCUAACAAAAUGUUGACAAAGGCAUCCGGUGGACUGUUGAAGAAGUCAUUGAACCUCAGCAAUGACAACUUCCUCAACGACGACAUGUAUGGCGAAAAUAAUGACAUGGAACUAGAAAAGUAUUUGGUUCUACUUCUAGCACUUCAGAAGUUAUUGGUAGUCGAGCGACAGGUCCUUAAUGACAUAGUUCCACCAUCGAAGCAAAAUGAUGUAUUUUCACGUGUUGGAACUGCCAGUAUUGAGAUGAUUGUGAAGGAUGCAGAAUCAAUAACAAGCCGAGUGAUGAAAUCGAUCCAGAAGAAGGAAUGGUCAGCAGCAUUAGCUGUGUUUAGUGCUAUGAAGCAUGUGACAGUCCUACAACCGGAUAUUGAGAAGAUCUGCAAUCAGGAACAAAAGAAUCAGCUCAGUGGUGUCAUGAAUCGAUUCCAUUUGACUGGAAAGGCUGCAUUGGAUCAAUUCAUUGAGUCUGUGAAGAAUGAAGGACUUAGUCAAGUGCAGUUGACUGGAUCGAGUAAUUUUCCAAAGGAUGCGACUGUCCAUCAAUUAACAUCCGAUACUCUUUGGUUCCUUGAGCAUCUGUUUCCAUAUUAUGAGAUUGUUGGACCAAUACUAGGACAGGACACUGUCUAUUCACAGCCACUGCAACAAAUAUCAACAAUUAAGUCGCUGAGUCAGGAAGACCAAAAGAAUCGAGCCUUAAUUGGCAUUUACUACAGAAAAGUCUUAACGGAACUGAACUUUACAAUCAUCACAAAAGCUGAUCAAAUCUACAACAAUGACGCGACUAAGCAGCUGUUUAAGCUCAACAACAUUUACUACAUCCUGAAAAGUCUACAAAGGAACAACCUCCUGGAUGUUGUCAAGUUCACGGAAGUGGAUUGCGAGAAGAGAUAUUUAAAGAUGAUUGAUGACUUAAAGCAGGCAUAUCAAGCAACAUGGCAGAAGCUUCUCAUUCACAUCACACCACUUGAGGACUGUCCACGUCCUGUUAAUGGAAAGUUAAAGGAUAAAGAUCGAGCCGUUGUUAAGGAGAAGUUUUCAAACUUUAAUAAGGAAUUUGACGAUUGUGUCAAGAAUCAGCGCGGAAUUUCAAUUCCUGAUUUAUUGCUGCGGGAAGGACUAAAAAGGGACAAUCUUGAAGCUAUUGUUCCUCAUUAUAAUGCCUUUUAUGACAUGUAUUCUGACUGUGAGUUCGCUAAGAAUAGGGAAAAGUAUGUCAAGUACACAACUCAUCAUUUAUCGACGCUGCUUAAUAAUUUGUUUGAUGAUCGGGUUUAGGUUUGGUUGGAUUUUUGGAUCUAGAAAUUAUUAUUGAAAUUAUAGCUAAUAGCUACAUCUGCUAUGAAGACAAGCUGCAAUAAAAAUAAAAUAUUUAUCGAAUUA